AUGACCACUAUACAGAAAGUGGCUCUGGUUACUGCCGGGACAGCAGGUCUCGGGGCUGCCAUUUGUCACAGUCUGGCACGAUCAGGUUUUCGUCUUGCCAUCAAUUUCGCAAACAACGAGGGUAGAGCUAAGAACUUGAUUGAGGAGUUGAACAAGAUUCCGAGCUCUAACGGGACUUCGGAUUCGCCACGCUUCGAAUCCUUUCGAGCAGAUGUUGGUGAUCGCCCGGCCGUUCAGAAGCUCGUACAAGAUACAGUGACCACCUUUGGUCGUAUUGACGUAGUAGUAUCAAACGCAGGUUGGACACGCAUUACAAACUUUCAGAAUCUCGAGGAGGGUAUGGUUGAUGAGGACUGGGACAAGUGUUUCAUCUACAAUGUCAAAAGUCAUCUUUGGCUGCUGCACGCGGCAAAAUUCGAACUGGAGAAGAGCGAGGGUGCCUUUAUCACAAGUGCCAGCAUCGCAGGCGUGAAACCCACUGGGAGCUCAUUGCCAUAUGCUGUGACCAAAGCAGCAGCGAUACAUCUGUCAAAGGCGCUGGCAGCCAUAUGCUCGCCCAAAGUGAGGGUCAACUCGAUCUCGCCAGGUUUGCUUCUCACAGAAUGGGGCAUGAAGUUCCCGGAGGAGAAGCGAGAGGCCGCCCGCGAAGCCACACAGUUGAAACGAUUGGCUACAGUCGAAGAUUGCGCGGAGCAGGUGAGAGCACUGGCACUCUCCCAGUCCAUGACAGGUCAGAAUAUCAUAAUAGAUGGAGGGGCUUCCUUGUAG